UACGUCAUUACUCUGGAAUCAUCUUUUUGGUAUCUUGUUAUGGAUUUGGUAUAUUAUUGCUCUUGGAGUCGCUCUUUGGUGCCUUGUUGUAGAUUUCAUGAAUUGUUGCUCUGAAGUCACCUUUUUAGAAUUACUGUUUUGGUAUUUUGUUAUCAUGGGUUUG